UUGCCACAUUCAUCACUUCAUAUCAAAUUUGCUCUAAGAAAAUCGAUCGCCUCAAUCGAGUCAAGAUGGUGAAGUUCUCUAAGCAAUUUGAGGGUCAGCUGGUCCCUGAAUGGAAAGAGGCUUUUGUAGAUUAUUGGCAACUCAAGAAAGACCUUAAGCGAAUUCAUCUCCUCAACCCUGAAAACACAAGUGUUAAUAAGCAGCCAAAACAAGAAAGUUGUUUCUCCUUCUCUUCUUUAAGAAAGUUUUCUUUGCUUGGACAUCAGCAAAGAGAACACAAGGUCAUUCAAGUUCACCGAAAACUUGCGUCCUCAGCAAGCAAGGGAGAUAUGUACGAGACUGAAUUGCUCGAGCAAUUUGCUGAUACCGAUGCAGCGAAAGAGUUCUUCAUACUUCUGGACCUUCAACUUAACAAAGUGAACCAAUUUUACAAGGCGAAAGAGGUAGAGUUUCUUGAGAGAGGCGACUCACUGAAGAAACAAAUGCAGAUUCUUGUAGAGCUCAAAACCUUACUCCAGGAUGAACGUGCUAAAGGGUCCUCUGCUCAAGAUUCAAAAGAGGACGUUUCAAUCUCAGGCACCAUUUCUUGCGAUGAAGAAUCUACCACAGACAAGGCAGAGCAAGAGAAGGGGCAGGACAAUCCAACAGAUGAGUCUGAUAAAAGCGAUGUCCAAUACGAAGACUGUUCAAAACCAGAUGAAUUGUCCAAAUCUAUAAGUUCGAAGAGAGUAGAUGGCAAAUUCAGGAGUCUUUCGACUCGUGUUAUCAACUGCCAGGGGAAAAAUCUAAGAAUUCACAUUCCACUGACAAAUCCAACACGUACAUUCUCAGCAAUAACAUAUCUACUUUGGGAUGAUUUGGUCAAUCAAUCAUCCAAGAAAUAUGGUGUAGAAGGAAGUAGACUGCACAUAAACAAAACAAAGCUACAUCAUGCUGAGAAAAUGAUCAGAGGAGCUUUCAUUGAGCUCUACAGAGGAUUGGGGUACCUCCAAACUUACAGGAACUUAAACUUGCUUGCUUUUGUGAAAAUUUUGAAAAAAUUUGACAAAGUGACUAACCAACAAGUUCUUCCCAUUUAUUUAAGAGUGGUCGAGAGUUCGUACUUCAACAGCUCAGACAAG